GGCAGAGGCGGGACCAAGUUAGUGCGCAGGCGCAUGGGCGCGGCUGCAGGCUCCGAGCGACGGCAGCAGAGCUGUAGCCAGGGCAGAGACCGGGUGCAGACCCAGGCUCUGGGUGGACGGAGAGAGAUUCGGGCUCCGACGCGGUGAGCGAGCCCAAGGUUCCUGCAAGUUAUUUGGGACCCGGUCAAGAUUUCAAGCUAAACAUGGUGGCGACGAGUAGCCUGAGGGUCAUUCUUCAAGCCUCUCCAUGCAAGUCACUGUGGAGAAGAUUGCAGACCCCCAGGUUCGUGCCAGCGAGGCCCUGCAGCCUCUACACCUGCACGUACAGAAGCCGGAACCGAGCCUCGCACCCGCUCUGGGAGACCGUGGACCUGGUCCCGGGGGGCGAGCGCCAGUCGCCCAUCAACAUCCGGUGGAGGGACAGCGUCUAUGAUCCUGGCUUAAAACCGCUCACCAUCUCUUACGACCCCACCACCUGCCUCCAUGUCUGGAAUAACGGGUACUCUUUCCUCGUGGAAUUUGAAGAUUCUACAGAUAAAUCAGAUGAAGUGAAGCUCCAUGAAGUUCACUGCUUUCCUGCCAGGUCACACAGCUGACAGCUGGAGAACUGGAUCGAAAAUCUGCGGACCACACUCUGUGCAGGGCCUCUGAGCUCUUGGAGGCUCAGCAGGUGCAGGCCUCCUGCAAGCUCUGGAGGUGGAGUGUUGUCAGGGUGCCCCAGAUUUGUUUUCAUCAGCUACACAUCAUGAAGAGCUACAGAAAUUGGUGGACACUGUGCUGUCAAUUAAGCAUAAGGACAUCCUUGUGGAAUUUGGGUCAUUUGAUCCUUCCUGCCUGAUGCCUGCCUGCCCAGAUUACUGGACCUACUCAGAGUCCCUGACUACCCCGCCACUCCAAGUCCGUUGCCUGGAUCAUUAAGAAGCAGCCCAUAGAGAUUGAUCAUGAUCAGUGGCGCUGUCAGAAGAGGCUGAUGUAAUGGUGGGAAUAACAUGGACCCUCGUCUUCCUCCUCACCCUGAUGGGAAUGCUGCUCUUCCGCAGGAUCUUGUUCCUGCAAGUUAUUUGGGACCCGGUCAAGAUUUCAAGCUAAACAUGGUGGCGACGAGUAGCCUGAGGGUCAUUCUUCAAGCCUCUCCAUGCAAGUCACUGUGGAGAAGAUUGCAGACCCCCAGGUUCGUGCCAGCGAGGCCCUGCAGCCUCUACACCUGCACGUACAGAAGCCGGAACCGAGCCUCGCACCCGCUCUGGGAGACCGUGGACCUGGUCCCGGGGGGCGAGCGCCAGUCGCCCAUCAACAUCCGGUGGAGGGACAGCGUCUAUGAUCCUGGCUUAAAACCGCUCACCAUCUCUUACGACCCCACCACCUGCCUCCAUGUCUGGAAUAACGGGUACUCUUUCCUCGUGGAAUUUGAAGAUUCUACAGAUAAAUCAGUGAUCGAGGGAGGACCCCUGGAGCACAACUACCGAUUGAAGCAAUUCCAUUUUCACUGGGGGGCCAUCGAUGCCUGGGGCUCCGAGCACACCGUGGACAGCAAAUGUUACCCGGCAGAGCUGCAUUUGGUGCAUUGGAAUGCAGUCAAAUUUGAAAACUUUGAGGAUGCAGCAUUGGAAGAACAUGGUUUGGCUGUGAUCGGAGUAUUUUUAAAGCUAGGCAAAAAUCACAAAGAGCUACAGAAAUUGGUGGAUACUUUGCCAUCGAUCAAGCAUAAGGACACCCUUGUGGAAUUUGGGUCAUUUGAUCCUUCCUGCCUAAUGCCUGCCUGCCCAGAUUACUGGACCUACUCAGGGUCCCUGACUACCCCGCCACUCUCCGAGUCCGUCACCUGGAUCAUUAAGAAGCAGCCUGUAGAGGUUGAUCAUGAUCAGCUUGAACAGUUUCGGACCCUGCUUUUCACUUCAGAAGGGGAGAAAGAGAAAAGAAUGGUGGACAAUUUCCGCCCCCUUCAGCCCCUAAUGAAUCGCACUGUCCGCUCUUCCUUCCGUCAUGAUUAUGUACUGAAUAUACAAGCGAAACCCCAGCCUUCAACUAGCCAAGUGACCCCCUAAGGUGCUCAUCUCUAAGCAGUACUUUGCUUUAAUAAAUACUAGCUUUUUAAAAAUUGCUAACUGGACUAUUCUAAACACCUGCAUUUAAUAAUAAUUAUAGAUAUGCAUUUCUUGGUGUGGCAGUGCUUUGUCAGUCUUUGAGGAAAGCUCUUUGGUAAACGAGUUCUUAAUUUUAUUGAUAAUGACAUCUAAGGCUGAAGUAGCAGCACAAGACGGGAGUUUCUCCUUACAGCAACCUGUUGGUAAUUGUAAUGUCUUUUUAUGUCUGAUAUUUCUGCGCUGCCCUUUUAUGUUUAUUAGUAGCUCUGUAGAGUUAUAAGUAGGGAUGGUAAUCAAAAUAUUUAACAACUAGAAAGGCACAGACACCAUCCAGAAGGCAGGCCUUUCAGAAACAACCCUAGGGCCCAAACUGGUACUUCCUGGCUCACUGAACAUUGGCCAUGGUUUUAGGUAUAUUUUAUUUUAAAACAUGAAUGUAUAUUCUUUUAUGAGGCCUUCUCAGUAUUUGCCCUGAUCUUCAGUUGUCAUUCCUAGUACAUGAUAUGCUUACUAUCAAUUUAUGGUAUAGAAAAAAUAUUUUGUAGUUCAAAGAAAACAAGAUUUUACUUAUAACUGGGAAUCCUUUUGCACUUCUGAAGAUUAGAUAUAUUACUUCAGGACUUGAUCAUAUAGAAAGCAUAUGCAGAACAUUUUAAAGAAAAUGCCUGAAGUGCCUAGAAUUUAAAAUUCUUUCAUGACAUAUUUACAGAAAUCUUUUUUGAAAGACUAGUAAUAUAACAGUCUAUAGUUUAUAGUGUUAUUUUGCAUUGUUUGUAUGCUGUUUCAUAAAAUAUAAUGUUUUCCACAAUGACAGAACUAUCUUGACUUCCCUUGAAAACUGUCUGAACUUUAUUUCAUUAGUUGAGGUUCUUUGCAAGGCAGGUGCUCAACAUAAACUUCCCAAUUUAAACAGUGGUUUAGAAGACUUUUGCUACAGUAAUAAGGAGAGAAACUUAACAGGCUAAAAAUCUAGAGAAUUCUACAUAUUCUGAGGAAUCCAUGCCAUUGUUGCCUUUGCUUGUAAAUAUCUUGGAAUGUUUCUAGUUGCCUAUAAGCCUGUGUUCAAACUCAUAUUGCAUUUACUAGUAGUAUUUCUUUCAUUAGUAUGCUAAUCAUCUGAUCUGCAAGGUAAGGUUGGAUGAGUAGACUUAACACUACUGAACUGUACACUGGAAAAGGUUAAGAUGGUAAAUUUUAUGUGUCUUUUACCACAAUUAAAAAUAAGUAAUACGGGCGCCUGGGUGGCUCGGAUGGUUAAGCGUCUGCCUUCGGCUCAGGUCAUGGUCCCGGGGUCCUGGGAUCGAGUCCCGCAUCGGGCUCCCUGCUCCUUGGGAGCCAGCUUCUCCCUCUGCCUCUCUCUCUCUCUGUCUCUCAUGAAUAAAUAAAUAAAAUCUUUAAAAAAUAAAUAAAUAAAUAAAUAAAUAAAUAAAUAAUACAUUCACUAGGAAACAAAUAAGGUUGGAGUUGUCUGUGUAAGUUUGGGGGGAUAUCUGCUCUUAAAAAAGGGAGGGGGCGAAAGCAUUUGCUUCUAAAAUGCAUGCCUUCUCUGGGAAGAAAAUGAAUAAAAUUCUUAAAAAGGUAAAUGGGGGGGGAGUUUAUGUUAACUGUAUAUAAUUGAUCUGUUCAAACCAUAGUUACCUUUAUUUAAAAGGGUAAACACACAAGACACACAUUUUCCAGAGCACAUGGGCUUCCCUCCCAGGCCUCUUGCAAACUCCUCAUGCAAAAUUCUCUUGCAAUGAGUCUUCCAAAUUGGAGUGAGAACCAAUGUACCAAUGCCUGAUUUGCCCUUAAAUCUUAGAGCUACAAAGAUGUAUUUAUUGGGUGUGUCCCGGUUUGCCACUCAUGAUUCACUUGCACCUGGUGUUCUGGUGUGAUUAUUAACAGCAUCCUCUCACUCUCAACCAUGUCCUGGUUUGCAUGAUAAAUUCUUGGUCACCUUCUCCGUAGCGGUUAUGGAAACUGCCUUGGGGAGGUGUGGUUCCACCUUAACCAUAUGAUCUCCAAAGGGGUGCUGCAGAUUCCGGGGCUACUAUACACCCUAACAAGAAACUUUUUGUCUUUUGUGCCUCCAAAAGUGUUUUACUUGUACCUUCCUAAACUUGAAGGGGGAAAAUGGGCUUGACGUCUGUCAGAGGGCUUGAGAAAGAAUUUUGUAUUAACAUUGCUGCUCAUCUUCAUUAAAUAUUAUAAUAAAACACUUCCUUUACAAUA